AUGAGUAACUACGGCAACCAACAGGGCGGUGGCUACGGCCAGUACGACCCAUACAGCCAGCAGAGCAAUCCGUAUAGCGCUCCGCAAGCACAGCGGUAUCAAGAUGUUGAGGCGGGAAACGGUGGCUAUGAAAUGGGCCAGGCAAACAACACUACCAGCAUUCUCAACAAGUGCACCGAGAUCAACGACGGUCUGCGGGACCUCAAAGCGAAAAGAGAAGGCCGACUUGCGCAGGCGCAGCACGAGCUUCUCGAUUCCAGCACCGGCAAGGAAGACCAAGCUGCUCGCCAGAACUUGGACUAUGUGGAGGACGACAUCAACAACACAUUCCGUUAUCUCCGCGACCUCUUGAAGAAGAUCAAGCAGACCCCAGGAUCCGGUGAUGCGCGCGUUCAGACCCAGGUCGAUGUUACCAGCCGUAACCUGCGAAAGGAAAUCGAACAGUACCAGAAGGCUCAGUCGGAUUUCCAGAAGCGACUCCAGGAGCAGGUCCGCCGAAGAUAUGAGAUUGCCAACCCAGACGCUACCCCGGAGCAAGUCGAACAGGGUGUGCAGAACGUCUUGAUGGGUCAGGAGCAGAGCUUUCAGUCUACUGGCUUGCGCACACGACAGGCAAACGAUGCCAAACAGGCAGCCUUGGAGCGAUCAACCGCUAUCCGCAAGAUUGAGAAGGAUAUGAUCGAAUUGAGCCGUUUGUAUCAGGAAGUUGCCGAAUUGGUUCAGCAGCAAGAACCCGCCGUGGAGCAAAUUAACCAAGGUGCACAAGAUGUCGUUGAGAAUGUCGACAAUGCCAACAAGCAGAUUGACAGCGCUAUUGUCAGUGCUCGAAACGCCAGACGGUGGAAGUGGUACAUUUUGAUUGUCGUUAUUCUCAUUAUUGCAAUUGUCAUUGGUGUCGCAGUUGGUGUCACCGAAGCCAACAAGAAAUAA